GAUAAAUUAAUGAUAAAUAAAAAAUUGCAAUUGUAUGUUAGUCUAGUGCGUCUAGUGAGUUUAUAUGUAGUGAAGUUUCCGAUGGUGUGUCGUUGACGAGGGAAAGGCGACUGGCGAUGUCGCGCACGUCGCAUUUAUCGCUGAUGACGUAUGCGUGCGGAUCGGAUUAUAUGAAGACACGUGUGCACACACACAUUCUGUUUAAUCUCCGCGUUCCUAUCUCAUCUCUCCAUUCGUACGAUUGUACAUCGUAUGUACAAUAGACGGGGGAAACCGAGAGAACGGCGUUCGUAUAUACUAUAACGUAAAUUGUAUAAUAUCGCGCACGUCGUAUUUAUCGCUGAUGACGUAUGCGUGCGGAUUGGGUUGUAUGAAGACACGUGUGUAUUCUGUUUAAUCACCGCAUCCCCACCUCAUCUCUCCAUCCGUACGAUUGUAUAUCGUAUGUACAAUAGACGGGGGAAACCGAGAGAACGGCGUUCGUAAAACAUAACGUAAAUUGUAUAAACGUUACGUAUUAUGUUCACUUGUGGACAGAGGAAGCAAUUCAUUAAAGGAAAGAAAUGUGCAGACAAAUGUAAUACGCAGUAAAUGUAAAUGCGAGAAAAAGAGAUAGCGAAGCGGAUAAUACAUAUGAGAAAGUGAAAGAAACAAACGAUCCUACUCACCUGCAUUCCACCACUUCGCUUUUUCAAACGCGAACAAGUUAUCGAAAGGCAUAGCAUGGAGCUUCCGAUUCCCAUCUAUGAAUGCACUGCAGACCCUAGGCACCAGCGGCCGACGACGCAAACGAAACGGUCUUGCUUCAUUGGACUCGUGUAAAGAUCUUAGGCAAAAAAGGCACACGAUACAUCUACAACCGGAAGCGAUCAUUCAGAAGGAGCCAAGUUUGAUUGUGACAUUGCCGUCACCUAACAAUUUCUCUAGGAAUAGUCCAAGGACACCGGAGAACGACAGCGACGCGAAGGAGGAUCGCUACAUAUGUCCCAACCAAAGUGAAUCGCCAUCGACGAAGGCACUUGAGAGCAACAACAAUUUGUCUCUGUCGAUGGAACCACCUGAGGAAUCCACUCGCAAGCUCUUAGAAAGAGAAUUGCGGCUUCUCGAUCCGCGAGAUUUACGAUCGCACGCUUGGUACCAUGGCAGUACGUUGCGUGGCGGUCGAAAAGGUGCGGAGGUGGAAGUACCGAAUGACGGGGACUUUUUGGUGCGCGAUUGCGCUUCUCAACCCGGCAACUACGUUCUGACCGUGCGCUGGAAAGGGCAACCACUUCAUUUUGUCAUUAAUAAGGUUGUAAUUCAGCCCGACACGGUUUAUGAGAGAGCGCAAUAUCAGUUUGAAGAUGAGGCCUUCGAUACAGUUGCCGAUUUAAUAACUUUCUACGUCGGCAGUGGCCGGCCAAUCAGCCAAGCCAGUGGCGCUCGCAUCAUUAAUCCAAGGCCCAGAUCGGUUCCAUUGACGUGCAUUGCGGGAACCACAAACAAUCAGCACUGCUCUAAUUCUUCUUCAUCCUCUUUGUCCACUGGUUCGCCGCCUCGUUUACCCAAGAAACAGCAACGCAGCCACUCUCUGACCGCUCAACAUCAUGGUCCCGAUCAACAUGUCGCCUUAGAGGAUAAUCAACAAACAGGUCCACAGUUACCUAUCCAGUCUAGUACUUUACCACGAAUACCGCCAAUUCAAAGCCAGCCGCCGUCGUGUUCUCUAUCCUUGGGCCGGCAAAAGAUUAUUCGAGUAAUCUCUGAUCCAGCACUGCAGCAACAACAGCAACAAUUAUCGAAUCUAAAUCUGCAAAACACUCUGGGUACGGCACCACCAAAGCCUCCCAGAGUGCCCUAUGUGCCAAGCCAUCAAUAUCAUCAUCAUCAUCAUCAUCACCACCAUCAUCAUCAUCAUCAUCAAAGCUAUCAGGCUUCUGGCAGCGACAGCGGAAACGGAUCGGGAGAUAGCGAGUUUGAGACCAACAAUUCCGGUGGCGCCAGCAAUCCUUCCUCCUCAGUGCCAAUUAAGGGUGUAGUAAUACGCAGCCAUUAUAAUAAUAGUAACAAUGGCAUUAAUGAUAACAAUGGCAGCGAGUACGAAUUAUCUGCAGAGGAACAGUUGGUGGUAGCCGCGCCGUCUCUAGAAAUUACCACAAUGCUCGAUAUCGAGGGCUUUACCACACUCCUCUUACCAACUGGCGAACACAGACCUCUGGAUCCGAUAGCCUUGAGGGGAGUCUCAGGAAUGUUAUUAGACUCGGCACCAAGAGUACUCGCUUCCCAUCUUACGAAAAUUGAUCUCGAAGUGGCGCUUGAACCAGGAUCCGGAAAUAGAACUGGAUUGAGCGGUAUCGAGCUGGCAACUCUUCCUCAUGGUAGACAAGCUAGAAUGGAUCUGAUUGAGAGAUCGGAAUGUUUGAAACUACUAGUGGCGGUUACUGUGCUAGCUGGGGCCACGGCUAUAGAAAGGGCGGCUACCAUUAGCAAAUGGAUCAAAGUGGCGAUCGACACUAAAACUGCGCUCGGCAAUCUAUACGGUUUCUGUGGCGUAAUGCUCGGCCUGUGCUUACCGCAAAUUCAGAGACUGGCUAAUACAUGGCAUUUGCUAAGACAAAAACAUACAGACGAAGCUUUUAGUUUUGAAGCAAAACUAAGGCCUACUUUGCGGGCUAUGAACGAAUGUACCAAUCCGCAGGCGCCUAAUACGACAUUGCCACAUUUGCUACCAAUUGCAUUACUCGGAGAACGCAGUCCUGAAGAUGUUUUGGGCACCGUGGCGCCUUCCGGACUCGCGGCAGCAAUUCUUUCAUCGUGGGAAAAUUCGGCGCCCGAUUGCGGUCUGUCGAUUGUCUGGUCGCAUCUCGAAGCAGCUCGUAAACUAGCCGAGAGUCUGCCACUUUUUCGCAGAAAUGCAGAAAUCGCCUUAGAAGGUUGCAGAAGCGACGAAUUACUAUCGGACGCCUUUCGCACUGAAUUUCAUAUUAAGUUUUUGUGGGGCAGCCGCGGUGCAACUGUUGCCCCUGAAGAACGUCAUCUCAAAUUUAUCCAAGUCCUUGAUGCAAUGUACGAUAAAUGUGCAGCUAGCGAAGUGACUGCUUAAAAGACAACUACAAAUAUCAAGAAUAAAAACAAAGAAUCUCCGCGCGAACAUUGUUUCUUUUCCUAAAACUAUUUAAACUAUCGCGUCGAAAAACUUCUUUUUAUAAUUUGUUAUAUAAUUACGAGUUUGAUACCGUAAAAAUUAGAAUAUCCAGUAUAUUACUAUAUAUAAACCAUACUGUUGUACUUCCGAAUCCCAAAAAUAUCAGACGAUCUUAUGCCUAAUGCAAUGCUUGUUUCAAGCAAACAACAGUGAGAGCAUCCAAAGAAGCGAUCAAGUUGAAGUCUACCUAUCUAUCUACUGUCAACUGUACUUAAUUUUAAUUAACACUAGAUUUCAAUAAUGUUAUGUUAAUAAAUAUUGUUCAUAUUUGUUUACAAACAAUAUACGAAUUAAAUAUACA